AUAUAGACCACUAUCGAAAGCAUUAGAAACACACAAGUUGCAUAAUUUUGGAAGUCAUGGACAGUGGUGAGUACUCUCCUUUAUUUGAAACAAAAAAGGGAAGAGGAAGAGUUAUCUAUAGGCUCUUUUCAAUCUCAUUAUUUGUAGCCAUAUGCUUCAUCUGGCUCUACAGAUUCACUCACAUCAUAACCCAACAAGAAGAUGAUGGAGGAAAAUGGGCUUGGAUUGGUUUGCUUGCUUCUGAACUAUGGUUUGGUUUUUAUUGGAUUCUCACUCAAGCUCUCAGAUGGAACCUUGUCUUCAGACAUCCUUUCAAGGAUAGGCUCUCCCAACGAUAUGAAGAUAUGUUACCAGAAGUAGACAUAUUUGUGUGUACGGCAGAUCCAGAGAUUGAGCCACCAAUAAUGGUGAUAAACACGGUAUUAUCUGUGAUGGCUUAUGAUUAUCCAACAGAGAAGCUUAGUGUGUAUCUAUCGGAUGAUGGUGGAUCAGAUGUUACAUUCUAUGCUAUGUUAGAGGCUUCUGAGUUUGCGAAACAUUGGUUACCAUUUUGCAAGAAAUUCAAAGUUGAACCUAGGUCACCUGCUGCAUAUUUCAAUACAAUUAUUGACUCAUCCUCACAUUUUCAAAGUGACACUGAUUUUGAUAAUGACUUGGUGGCUAUCAAGAAAUUGUACACCGAAAUGAAAAAUCGAAUUGAGGAUGCAACAAAGUUGAAAAGGGUACCCAAAGAAGUACGUUUAAAUCAUAUAGGAUUUUCUCAAUGGGAUUCAUAUUCAUCUCGACGUGACCAUGACACCAUUCUUCAAAUACUACUUCAUAAAAAGGAUCCUAAUAACUCAAAAGAUGUAGAUGGUUUCAUUUUACCAACUUUGGUGUAUUUAGCUCGUGAGAAGAGGCCUCAAUAUCACCACAACUUCAAAGCUGGAGCUAUGAAUUCUUUGAUAAGGGUGUCUUCAAUUAUCAGCAAUGGAAGAGUGAUUCUAAAUGUUGAUUGUGACAUGUACUCAAACAAUUCAGAAUCUAUAAGAGAUGCUCUUUGUUUUUUCAUGGAUGAAAAGAAAGGUCAUGAAAUUACUUAUGUACAAUUUCCACAGACCUUUGAGAAUGUCACAAAGAAUGAUUUAUAUGCAAGUGCUCUUCUAGCAUGGAGCAAUGUGGAGUACCGUGGUGCAGAUGGUUGUGGUGGUCCUAUGUACAUAGGAACUGGAUGCUUUCACAUGAGAGAGACUCUUUGUGGAAUGAAGUUUUAUGAUGAAUAUAGGCAUAAAUGGAAGAGUGAAGAUGACUUAUUCAAAGAAACAAAUUUGCAAGAAAUAGAAGAAAAAUCAAAGGAUCUUGCAAGUUGCUCGUAUGAGGAAAAUACACAAUGGGGAAAAGAGAUGGGUUUAAAAUAUGGGUCUCUAGUGGAGGAUGUGACAACAGGUUUGUCCAUUCAAAUCAACGGAUGGAAAUCAGUAUAUUAUAUUCCAGCUAGAAAGGCUUUUUUGGGUCUAGCUCCAACUUCUUUACUUCAAGUCCUUAUUCAACAUAAGAGAUGGUCUGAGGGGGACUUACAAAUUUUACUUUCUAAGUAUAGUCCUGUGUGGUAUGCUUUUGGGAAGAUUAGUUUUGGCCUUCAAAUGGGAUAUUGUGUUUAUUGCUUAUGGGCACCGAACUGCUUAGCUAUUUUAUAUUACUAUAUCAUUCCUUCACUAUAUCUGCUUAAAGGAAUCCCCUUGUUUCCAGAGGUGUCAAGUUUGUGGUUCAUACCAUUUGCUUAUGUUAUAAUUGGAGAAACUACUUAUAGUUUAUUCGAGUUUCUUUUGUGUGGAGGAACAUUUAAAGGAUGGUGGAAUGAUCUAAGGAUAUGGUUGUACAAGAGAACAACCUCUUAUCUUUAUGCAUUUAGUGACACUAUCUUGAAGCUUUUUGGUUUUUCAAAUUCAGUCUUUAUAAUUACAAGUAAGGUUUCAGAAGAAGAAGUUGCCAAGCGGCAUGAUAAUGAAAUUAUGGAGUUUGGAACAUCUUCACCAAUGUUUACUAUAUUAGCAACACUAGCAUUGUUCAAUUUAUUUUGUUUUCUUAAUGUUUUGAAGAAUGCAGUCCUAAGGGGAGGUGGCUUUGAAGCACACAAGAAAAUUGGAUUGCAAGUUAUUUUGUGUGGCUUUUUGGUUCUUAUUAAUGUGCCUUUAUACCAAGGCAUUUUCUUAAGGAAAGAUAGUGGCAAAUUGCCAAAUUCUCUUGGCAUGAAAUCAACAAUGUUGGCUCUAGCUUUAGCUCUCUCCUUCAGCUAUGCAUGACAAAAAUAAAAACUUGUACGUUUAUGUGUUUUCAAUUAAAAGCUUAUUAUUAAUAUUGGAUAUGCCAUUUUGCUAUUUUGUUUUAUCUUCUGUUAGUUUAAGAUUUAUGUGUUUUUAUUUUAUAUAAACAAAUUCAAAAAGUUGAAUCAGUAUAUAAAAGUUAAUUGUUUGUUUUCUCUUAGUAAACACAAUUAUACAAGAAAUU